CCCAAAGGAGGAGCGGAGGGAGGCUGGAAAGAUUUCCUUUGGCUUCUCUUUGCCGCCAGAAGAAGAAGAAGACUUGGAUGCCGGGGAUGGCAGUGGAGGGAAGGAGAGGAGGAGGAGGAGGAGGAGGAAGAGGGGUCUUUUUGGAGGCCCUGGCCGGGCUCCUCUUUCCCCUUUGGUCUGGCUUCCUCGUCCCCUCCGUGGGCUCUCAGCAGGCUCCUUCUCCGGACUUUGGACCGGGCAGCAGCCUCCAGCCGCCUUACUUCAAUUUAGCCGAGACAGCGGGCAUUUGGGCCACAGCCACCUGCGGGCAGGACGAGGGAGGGAAGCCCCGCUCGGAGCUCUAUUGCAAGCUGGUGGGGGGACCUGCUGCUUUCCCCGCCGGGAAGACCAUCCAGGGCCAGUUCUGUGACUAUUGCAAUGCUGCUGAUCCAAAGAAAGCUCACCCAGUAACCAAUGCUAUAGAUGGGACAGAGCGCUGGUGGCAAAGUCCAUCUCUCUCCUUAGGUUUGAAGUAUGAUGAAGUCAAUGUUACUUUAGAUCUAGGACAGCUCUUUCAUGUGGCGUAUGUCCUCAUCAAAUUUGCAAAUUCACCUCGUCCAGAUUUGUGGGUAUUAGAAAGAUCAGUAGAUUUUGGAAGAACCUACAAACCAUGGCAAUAUUUUGCUCAUUCUAAGGCAGAUUGUUGGGAACGUUUUGGAAAGGAGGCAAAUACUCGUGUUAGAAAAGAUGAUGAUGUUAUUUGUACCAUAGAAUAUUCUCGAAUUGUGCCCCUAGAAAAUGGAGAGGUUGUGAUAUCCUUGGUAAAUGGCCGCCCAGGAGCGAAUAACUUCACCCAUUCCCCCACACUUAGAGAAUUUACUAAAGCAACGAAUAUCCGUUUACAUUUCCUCAGAACCAACACACUUCUUGGGCACUUGAUAUCCAAAGCGCAACGAGAUCCCACCGUAACACGUAGAUACUUCUACAGUAUAAAAGAUAUCAGUGUGGGUGGGCAAUGUGUUUGCCAUGGACAUGCCGAGGUCUGUGAUCCAAAGAGGGACUCAGAUUCAUACAGAUACCAGUGUGAGUGUCAGCACAACACUUGUGGAGAAACAUGUGACCGUUGCUGCCCUGGAUAUCAUCAGAAACAUUGGCAGCCAGCAACAACCAGCAGCUCAAACCUCUGUGAACCAUGCAACUGCCAUGGACAUGCCACUGACUGCUAUUAUGAUCCUGAGAUUGAACAACGUAAAGCGAGCUUAAAUAUUUAUGGGGAAUAUGAAGGUGGUGGGGUCUGCAUUGACUGUCAGCAUAACACGGCUGGUGUAAACUGCGAGAGAUGCGUGAAGGGUUACUAUCGUCCUUACAGUGUUCCAGUGACAGUGCCACAUGGAUGUAUCCCUUGUCAAUGCCAUGGUUCAGGAGCAUUGAAUAUUGGUGACUGUGACCCAAAAACAGGACAGUGCCAAUGCUAUGAAGGAUUUCAAGGGACUGCCUGUGACAGCUGUGCCAUAGGAUAUUUCCAUUAUCCUUUCUGUCAGAAGUGCAAUUGUGAUGCAACAGGAUCUGUGGGCAAUAUCUGUGGCUCUCAAGGUGACUGCCUUUGCCAUAUAAAUUAUGCUGGGCCUAAAUGCAGCCAGUGUGCCGCUGGAUAUUAUAGCUAUCCCAGUUGCUUCCCUUGUAGGUGCUCACCCCAAGGAUCCUACCAAGACUCAUGUGACCCAGCCACAGGGCAGUGUGAAUGCCGACCUGGUGUAUCAGGGCAGCAGUGUGACAGAUGCCUCUCAGCAGACAAGCACUUUCCUUAUUGUCAUGGAACAAACCAUGAAUGUGAUCCAGCUGGAGCCGUGGAUUCAUAUUCUGACAAUUGUCAGUGUCUGCAGAAUGUGGAAGGUCCAACAUGUAGCAUCUGCAAACCAACCUACUGGAACUUGGCCAGAGAAAACCCUGAGGGAUGUAUAGAAUGUCAGUGCAAUGCAUCUGGAACACUGAGUGGAGUCAGAGAGUGUCAGCAGGUCGAUGGUGAAUGUUAUUGUAAACCUAAUGUUUGUGGAGAUUCCUGUGAUAUUUGUGAAGAUGGUUAUUAUGGGUUAGAGGCCAAGAACUACUUUGGAUGUCAAGGAUGUGACUGUGACGUGGGAGGGUCUAUAAGCCAGGUGUGUGAUGAUCUGUCUGGUGACUGUCAGUGCAGAAACCACAUUGUUGGGAAAAACUGCAAUGAGCCUGAAAAGAACUACUAUUUCCCUGAUUUACAUCACAUGAAAUAUGAAAUUGAAGAUGGAACAUCUCCUAAUGGAAGAGGGAUCCGGUUUGGUUAUGACCCUCAAGAAUUUCCCGGCUUUAGUUGGAGAGGUUAUGCACAGAUGUCUUCAAUACAAAAUGAAGUGCGGAUCACUCUCAAUGUGAAGAAACAAAAUCUCUCUCUAUUUUGUGUUAUCUUGAGAUAUAUUAAUCCUGGAACAUCUGUAAUAUCUGGCUACAUAAUUGCACAUCAAACUCGUCCUCAGAAAGGAACUCAUCAGAGGAAAGACAUUGUGUUCCCACCAAGUCGUGAGCCCUCUUUUGUCACUGUCCCAGGGAGGAACCUCGCAGACCCAUUUUUGCUGGGCCCUGGAACAUGGAUUUUUAAAAUCGUGGUUGAAGGAGUCCUUCUGGACUAUUUGGUCCUCUUGCCACGUGAUUAUUUUGAGGCGCCCAUCCUGCAGUUACCAGUUAGAGAACCUUGCACAGAUUCAAGACAUGCCACAACAGAUAAUUGUUUGCAAUAUGAGCACUUGCCAUUGGAAAGAUUUUCUUGUAUAUUUGGCUCCGAAGUAACAUUUUUCUUGCAAGAAGGAGAAUACCGGAAAGUUGUUUUCCAGAAGCCAAGUGCCAAACAUCCACUUAUGUCUCAAAUAAGUGGCCAAGAGGUGGAUCUUCGAAUGAGAUUAAAUGUUCCCCAAGUGGGCCGCUAUGUAAUAGUACUUGAGUACAUCAAUGAACACAAUCAAGUGUAUGUUGGUAAUGUGGAGAUCAACAGCCUGGGGCACAUGUCAGAGGCAAAAAUUAAUCUAUACAGUUGCAAAUAUAGCUUCCUGUGUCGCAGUGUUGUGAUUGAUGAUCUGAAUCGUGUUGCUGUUUAUGACCUUUUGUCUGAUGCAGAGUUCCGUCUCAGGUUAUCAGAAAUACAUUUUCUUCUGAAUAAAAUUUGCAUUAUUCCAGUGGAAGAUUUUUCCCUAGAAUAUGUGAAGCCUCAACUGUACUGCAUUGCCACAUAUGACCAUUUAGCAAGUGCUUCAUGCAUCCCUUCACAGUAUGAAACGCCUCCUUUAACAGUGGUGUUGGAUGCUCUGAGGGAUGGGAAUAUCAAAGAAGUGGCAAGAAAUAAAGGCUAUCAAGAUUCACUGAGACCUCCCUUUUCAAACGCACACAAAGCUAAUGGAGUGACUUUGACGUCUUUGCAGAACCAAAUUACUCUGAGAGGGAGAGUGACACAUUUGGGCAGAUAUGUGUUCAUCAUACAUUUUUAUCAGUCAGAGAGCCCAAUGUUUACAGUGGAAGUAACUAUAGACGGAGGACAAGUCUGGUCAGGUUCUUCUAAUGCUUCAUUUUGUCCACAUAUUUCUGGAUGUCGAGGCCUGGUGAUGGCAGAAAGCCAAAUUGAACUUGACAUCUUCCAACAUGAUAUCUCAGUCACUGUGAAAAUUCCUAAUGGAAAAAGAAUGGCGUUGGGCCACAUUUUGGCUGUUCCUGCUGACAGUUACAGUUACACACUUCUCCAUCAAGACACAGUGGACAAGUCACUUGAUUUCAUCAACCAGUGUGGUGAAAACAGUUUUCACAUUACCCCUGUAACGUCCUCAGAAUUCUGCAGAAAUUCAGUACGGUCCCUUGUAGCGGCCUACAACAGUGGUGCACUACCUUGCAAUUGCCACAGAAAUGGUGCCACCAAUCCUACAUGUGACCCUAUGGGAGGACAGUGCCCCUGCAAACAAAACAUUAUUGGCCUUCAGUGUAAUAGAUGCCGAACAGGCUAUUAUGGAUUUCCAUUUUGCAAACCAUGCCGUUGUGGGUGGCGCCUUUGUGAUGAUAUCACUGGCAAGUGUAUUUGUCCUCCUCAAACCGUAAAGCCAAGAUGUGAAGUGUGUGUGAGGCAGCACUUUGGUUACCACCCCCUUGUUGGAUGCGUGGGAUGCAAUUGCUCAAGCCAAGGGGUUGUUAAUGCAGUGAACCCUGAAUGUGAUAAAAAGAAUGGGCAGUGCAGAUGCCGCUCAGGAAUAGCAGGCCGACGAUGUGAUCAGUGCGCUCCUGGUUCCUACAGUUUUCCAAACUGCAAGCCCUGCAAUUGUAAUAGAGGAGGAACAGAACCAAAUGUUUGUGAUCCACAAACAGGAGUUUGCCUCUGUAAGGAGAAUGUUGAAGGUAUUCAGUGUGACAUGUGCCGCUCUGGAUCAUUUCAUUUGGACGCCACUAAUCCAAAGGGUUGCACCAAUUGCUUUUGUUUCGGAGCAACCAAUAUUUGUCACAGUACAAAUAAAGACAGAAUAAAGUUUGUUGAGAUGAGGAACUGGCAUCUGGAAGAUGUGGAUAACAGUAUGAACAUCCCAGUUAUUUUCAAUCCUGGAAGCAACAGUGUUGUUGCUGAUGUCCAGGAGCUACUUCCCUCUGUGUGCAGUUUAUAUUGGGUGGCACCUUCACCUUACUUGGGAGAUAAGCUUUCUUCAUAUGGAGGCUAUUUGACGUAUCAGGUCAAAACCUUUGGAUUACCCAGUGAAGGCAUGGCUUUACUUCCCAAAAGGCCUGAUGUGCAGCUAACUGGGCAACAGAUGAAGCUAAUCUACAUGGAUCCUAACAAUCCUUUGCCUGACAAACAGUAUUAUGGUUCUGUUAAACUAGUGGAGGGGAACUUCAGACAUGCAAGCAGCAAUGACUUGGUAUCGCGAGAGGAGCUGAUGAUGGUCCUGUCUAGACUAGAAGGAUUACAAAUCAGAGGGCUUUAUUUCACAGAAUCUCAGCGGUUAACCUUGGGCGAGGUUGGGCUGGAAGAAGCCACAGGUACAGGAAGUGCCAAUGAUGCUUAUAAUGUAGAGACAUGCUCCUGCCCCGCUGGAUAUCUGGGUGAUUCAUGCCAGGAAUGCAGCCCUGGAUUUUAUCGUGAGAGCAGAGAUCUGCUGACAGGACGGUGUAUUCCUUGCAAUUGUAAUGGAAAUUCAGAUAGAUGCCUCGAUGGUUCUGGAAUUUGUCUUAACUGUCAGCAUAAUACUGCUGGUGAAAACUGUGAGUAUUGCAGAGAAGGUUACUUUGGUGAUGCCAGUCAAGGAAACUGCAGGGCGUGUCGUUGCCCUUAUACAAACAGUUUUGCCUCUGGCUGCAUAGAAAAUGAGGGGGACAUUCAAUGCUUCUGCAGAGAAGGCUAUACUGGAAUACACUGUGAAAGCUGUGCUCCUGGUUAUUUUGGUAAUCCACUGCAAUAUGGAGGAUUUUGUCAGAAAUGUAAUUGCCCUGACAAUGGCCAGCUACGCAACUGCGAUCGUCUGACUGGAGAAUGUAUAAAUCAAGAACCAAAAGACAUAGAUCCUCAUGAAGACUGUGAUGCUUGUGAUAGCUGUGUGAUUACUUUACUAAAGGAUCUGAGUGCAAUGCAAGAUGAACUCCAAGUGAUUAAGUUCCAGAUGCAAAAUGUCAAUGCCAGUACCCACACGCUGGGGCAGAUGAAGCAUCUGGAAGACCGGGUCAAACAGCUGAAGAUUCUGUUGAACCGCUAUCGCUCCGUUAUUACAACCCAGGGCUCCAAAGUGGAUGAACUGGAUACAGACUUCAUUGCCCUUAAUCAGAAUAUUAAUGCUCUAAGAGAAAAGGCUGAAAAUAAUUACAGGAAAGCAGAGACACUGUUCAAUAAUUUUGGUAAGACUAACCAGAGAGGAAAGGAUUUGAUUUCAAAGAUACAAAGUCUUGUCAUCAAUAUUAAUGUCCUCCUGAAUCAGAUACCUGGGACUUCUGGAGAAGGGCCUUCUUUGCCUUCAGGAAAUGCUGCUGAAGAGCUGGCUAAAGCUCGGCAAAUGGUGAACGAGAUGAGAGACCGCAAUUUUGGCCAGCAGCUGAGAGAAGCAGAAAAAGAGAAUGGAAAAGCUCAAAACUUGCUGGAUCGUGUAAAGAAUGAACUUCAGAGGCACCAAGCAGAAAACCAAGGUCUUAUUAAAAUUGUAAGAGAUUCAUUGAACGAAUAUGAAUUGAAACUGAACGACCUUCGUGAAUCUUUGAAAGAAGCAAAAGAACAAACGAAGCUGGCUGAAACUUUAAAUAUCGAUAAUAAAAUCCUCUUUGAAGAUAUUAAGAAACGGACUGAGGAGAUGUCUAAACAACAGAAUGAGAUCUUGGAUGUUCUGGAUUCUGCUGAAGCAUCAUUGUCUAAAGCAAACAGUGCAUUUGUAUUGCUGCAGAGGAGUAAAGAGGAAUAUGAAACUUUAGCUGCCCAGCUGGAUGGUGCAAGGAAAGAGCUCACUGAAAAACUGAAGAGUCACUCUUUAGCAGCUAGCAAAGAACCUCUGGUAGUCAGAGCUGAAGAACAUGCCAUCUCUUUACAAGACCUAGCAAAAAAGUUGGAUGAGAUCAAAAGAAAUGCCAGUAAUGACGAACUGGUAGCCUGUGCCAUGAAAGCUGCAAGUGCCUAUGAGGACAUUAUUAAUGCCAUCAAAGCUGCAGAGGCCGCAGCCAACAGAGCAGAAGAUGCUGCCAAUUCAGCCGUAUCAACAAUGGAGAAGAAAGAUCUAGCGGGAAGGGCCAACAGACUGAAGACCAGCAGUGGCAACCUGCUAAAUCAAGCCCAGGCAGCACAAAAGACACUGCAGGAAAUCAGUCCAGCUCUUGACAAUGUUAAAAGUCAACUUCAAGAUGCUGAGCGUAAGAAGAAUAUGAUUCAAGGAGAUCUCACAGUCUUCCAAAAUCAACUACAAGGGAUGAAGAGAGAUGACAUCGAAAGCAUGAUCACGAAUGCAAAGAACAUGGUCAAAAAUGCCAACGAUAUUACUACCAAUGUACUUGAUGAAUUGGACCCAAUUAAAACAGAUGUUGAAAACAUAAAAAACACCUAUGGAACCAUGCAGAGCGCUGACUUCGACAAUGCUCUGAAAAAAGCAAACAAUACGGUAAACAACCUGACAAGUAUCCUACCUGAUCUAUUUAACAAGAUCACCAGCAUCAACCAACAACUUAUGCCAAUAAGCAACAUAUCUGAGAAUAUAAAUCGUAUCAGAGAACUUAUCCAGCAAGCGAGAGAUGCUGCAAACAAGGUUGCUAUUCCCAUGAGGUUUGAUGGCAAUUCUGGGGUAGAGGUUCGACCUCCAGAUAUUCUUGAAGAUCUGAAAGGCUAUACUUCCCUGUCUUUAUUUCUUCAAAGACCUCUCUCACGAUUAGACAGUCCACAGCAGACAUCUGACAUGUUUGUCAUGUACUUAGGUGACAAAGAUAGUUCCAAAGACUACAUUGGCAUGGCUGUUCGGGAUGGCCGUCUUAUUUGUGCCUACAGCUUAGGAGGCAAUGAAGCUGAAAUAGAAGUUCUUGAAACAGUGUCCGAUAGUGACACCAGGGAUGCGACGAUGGAUCUUGUGAAAUUUGAGAGAAUUUACCAAUAUGCAAAGCUGAACUACAUUAAAGGUGCAACCUCCUCUUCACCAUUAAAUGUGGGACCUUAUGAGGACAGCAGUGGGGAUAAUAAUGUCCUCCUCAACUUGAAUCCUGACAAUGUGGUCUUCUAUGUUGGAGGAUACCCACCAGAUUUUACACCUCCUGAUACACUGAAUCAUCCUCGGUAUGAAGGCUGCAUUGAAUUUGACAGUUUGAAUGAGAGAGUUCUAAGCCUGUACAAUUUCAAGAGGACUUUUAAUCUCAAUACUACUUUAGUACAACCAUGCAGAAGAUACAAAGAACAGUCUGCCAAAAUCUAUUUUGAAGGCACAGGUUAUGCACGUGUUAAUGCUGCUCCUCCAAGUGUCUCUCACAUACGGUAUGAACAAACUAUUCAGACUACUGCAGAUGAAGGACUGGUAUUUUUUGCUGAAAAUCAGGACAAGUUCAUCAGUUUGAGGAUAGAAGACGGUCAUCUAAUAUUCAGAUACAAAGUAGAUUCACAGCCCCCGAAAGAGAGAGAGAGCUCACAGGUCAUCAACAAUGGAAUGGAUCAAGUGGUUGUUUUACAUAUUGCUCCUCAGCAAUUUACUCUGAUUGAUAAGUUUACAGUACAAGAAAGGGCAACUACAUUUCGGUUUAAUUCAUACUACUUGGGUGGAGCUCCAAACUCUUUAAGAGAACGCUUUAAUAUAACCACACCUCCGUUUCGUGGGUGUAUGAUGAAUGUGAGAACUUCGUUUGAGUCUUCCAUUAGCUUCUCUGAGACUCUUGGUGUCAGCAGAAAAUGCCCUGAUGAUUGGAAGAUUGUGAGAGUUGCAAGUUUUUCCAAGAACGGAGUACUUGGUUUGAGUGAUGAAGGCUUUCAGUUUCCCAAUGAUUUCCAAGUUGGCUUUGGCUUUCACACUCUGGCACUUGAUGGAACCUUGUUGAAUUACAAUUUACGGUCUGAUAUAUUUAGUGUUCUCCUGAGAAAUGGCUCUGUAAUUGUAAUGAUAGCUGAUGAAGAAAUCCAGUCUAGCAAGAGAUAUGGAGAUGGUUUAAUUCACUAUGUAACAGUGAUGAAAGAAGGCGACACGCUUAGAGUGAUAAUUGAUGAUGUCCCUGAACUAACAACAUUUCCUCUAGCUGGAAGGAAAAUGUCCAGUCAGCCAAUAGACCUUGGUGGUAAUAAUUUUGAAGGCUGCAUUUUCAAUGUCUUUAUACAAAGAAAAGGACAACCUCCUCAUGUACAAAGUCUAACCAAUAAUGAGAGGAAAACUGAUGUGUCUCUAGGAUUCUGUAUGAUAAGAAAAGAACCACAGCCAAUGCUACUGCGAGAAUUAGCAGAUGAGUACCCUCCAUUGGCUUCGAAGUGGAAAAAAGCCAUGGGCUAUCUGAAAGAAGCAAGUUCACAGCAAAGCAACAAAGAUUGUGCUCUCCACAACCCAUUACAUUUUGUCACCGGAGCUUUUUACUUUGGCAAUACCCCUUACACUUAUUUGUCAUUUACACCUUCUCAAAUGUCAUCAAGAGACCGGUCACAUUUUGCGGUUGAUGUUCACACAACAUCAUCUAGAGGUCUGAUCUUUUUCAUGGGAGAGAAGCUGGAGAACAGAUAUAUAGCCCUUUACCUUUCAAAGGGACGUUUCAUCUUGCUGCUUGCUGCUGAUGGAAGAAAAAUAAAGAUCAAGAGCAAAGCCAAAUACAGUGAUGGACAAUGGCAUACAGUGGUGUUCAGCCGAACUGGAAAGAAGAUGCGUCUCGUAGUUGAUGGUCUGAAUUCCCGACAGGGGAAUAUAUCGCCUGCUUUCUCUAUCAGGACUGAUUCUCCGAUCUACCUAGGAGGAGUUCCUUCAUUAAAAGUUCAGAAUAUACCAAAAAAGAGCUUUGUGGGAUGUUUGAGACAUUUUAAUGUGGGAGGAAAGCCUGUACACACUUACCAUCAGAACAGUGGUGUCUUGCCUUGUUUGGAUAACACUUUGGAGAAUGGGAUCGUUUUCUUCAAUGAAGGGGGGCAUGUUGUCAUUGAAAGAACUUUCUUGAUGAACUUGGACUAUAAGAUUGCUUUUAGCAUUCGCCCAAGAAGCUCGACUAGCCUUUUAAUCCAUGUUGGCACCAAACAAGGAAACUAUUUUGCUGUUUACAUGGACCAAGGCGUGAUCACUGCAUCUGGAAAUAAUGGUGCUGGAGAGUUCUUGACGUCACUUAUGCCUCAGCAAUCUCUUUGUGAUGGAAAAUGGCACUCCAUAGCAGUAACUCAGAAGAAGAACACAGUGCACCUUGAUGUGGAUACAAUGAGUAAUUACACUACUGGACCAUCGACUGUACUUUUCACCAGCCAUGCUGAACCACUUUACUUUGGGAGAGUUCCAGCAAACCAGGAAAUGCCAUGGCUUCCUGUUCAGGACAUGUUUCUUGGCUGUCUGAAGGAUGUUAAAAUCAACGACAAACCUGUCUUAAUACGCAAAAGUGCAGACAUCUAUGGCGGUGUCAGCUUGCAAGGGUGCCCUGUUAAUUAAUCGUUUCACAUCUAUCAUCUCAGGGUAAAAUCUCAUCAUGUACUGUAUGAAAGGCCACAACAUGGUUCCAUUUCUUCUCCUCUCUUUGUAAUACUUGCCAUUUGUGUAAACAUGGUUUCAAGAUGUAUAUGUUUUUCAGAUAUGUGGACUUUGUUGCCCUUGUUAGAUGCAUUUAUGAAAUAAUGUUCACUUUACUCUGUACCAUUCACUUUGUACGAUAGGGCCAUGUGAAAUAUAAAAUAGUCUUGUGUAUAAUCUUAUCUGGUGAAUUUCGGCUCUCAGUUACAGUGAUGCACAACCGGAGCAAUUGCUUUGACAUAAGAGUCAAGCCUUGAGGCUCUUGAUAUGACAAGAAUACUCAAAUAGGAACUAGAAAAAAAUGUUUGAGUUGCAAGAAGAAUCUGACCUUGUAAGCAGAAUUUUAUGAAAAUAGAAAAUGAUGUUGGGAUGCUGAUCCCGUUCUUCUAUAGUGACGUGUGCAUUACAUAAGUGACAGGAAUAAUAUAAAAUGAGAAUGAAGCACUUUAAAAAAGAGUGAAAUCCUGGGGUGACCAAAUAAAUAUAACUUGCUUUAUAAAAGCUUUAUAAAAGCCUUCUAUAUACUUAUUGGACCACAGCAACAUUUUAAUCAGCUUUAAUCAAAAAGCUUGACUAGAUAAGGGAAAGGAGUUUAGACCUACAAUAUAUUUGCAAUAUGCAUGAAUUGUCUCUCUGAAUGAUAGUAGAAGGUAAAGGGGUACAUUGCUUGCUUUGUUCCUCUUGCAAUCUUUGCCUAACCACAAGACCUGCAAGUAGAAACUUUAAAAAGGCAUAAUUCUGAGAGACAGACCCAAUUAAAGAUUUAUUUAACAUUUUAUACUGUACCCUUUUCAGGCUUUCCUUCCAGUUUUUUUGGCUGCCCAGUAAACCAAAACUUUUUCCACUUGGGAUCACUUUCUGGCCAAGAAAUGUUUAUGUGUCCCAAGUAUACAGGUAUAUAGCAUAGAUACAAAAACCAAAUAUUUACUGAAAAUAAGUCAGCAAUUACAGGGCUUGCUAAAAAGGCUGAUUUUUCUUUUUGUAGAGUACAGCUGAAGCAUUUUAUGCAGAGUUCACUGUAAUCACUGGGCGUUGUUGCUAACAGAUUUGUGUAAAUGGCUGAUGUUCAGAAACUUUUUACUGUUGCCAAAUUUUUGUGACCCCAACAUUGAAUUAAGGGGACCAAAUUUGAAGUUGGGGCCCAUAGUUUAAGAAGUAGUGCACUAGUCAACUUACUUACGAAAUUUCAGUUCAGAAACAUCUCACAGAAGCAAGUCAUCUAGAUGUAACCAAUAUAGGUUUUCUUUUUUAAAAAUGCAUACUAUGACAUGGUGCAUCAUUCUAAAUGAAUCUGAGGAAGUGGUGGAAUAUGUAUAGCAUGGACAACAAGUACAGUCAAUAAUUUGACAAAUGGUGAAUGGGCAAAAAAGGCAACUUGGGUGGCUUUUAAUUGAAACCAGACAGUGCUAACAGAUGAUAAGCUGCCAAUGGUCAGAUCUUCAACACUACAGUUCUACUGGCAAUGUUAUACACAUUUGAAACAUGGGCAACAACAAAGCUAGAGGAAAAAACCGACAGUAACUCAGAGAUCAAUGAAAAGAAGCAUGUGUGGCAUGACAAUAAGAGAUAAAGUCAGCAAUAAAGAGCUGUGUCAAAGAA